AAAACUGAAACAUUCAGGUUUUAAAUAUGUUAAUGUUCAUUAGCUGAUCUCAGUGUUUAAAAACAUUUCUGUUGACGUAUUAACUGGUUAACUUGAACCUAAUUUGCUUGUUCAAUUUGCAAACUUGUUAAAGAUUGAUACUGAGCCUAGCACUAGGUUAUUCGCUAAUGCUAACUAGCUAACUAACAUCACUGACCAUGAGCUCACUAAACUACUCCUCCUCUGCUAAAGAAGUGGAUGUCUGCUGUCCGGAGAAAGAAGCUCUGGCGCUGAACAUUGUCGUGAAAGACGAAGAGGAGGAUGAUAUUACAGUGAAAGGAGAGAAAGAACCGCUUAGAGAGGAAGAGGAUGCUUUCUCAACAAAGGUGAAGAAGGAAUACGUUUUGGGAGUGAAAGAUGAGACAGAAUAUCUCAUGAACACCCGAGAGAGACAUGACUAUGGUGGAUCCUCUGGGGAGCCUCAACAACAUCCCGAUGCUGACGAGACAGAGAAGAGUCUCUCCAGAUCAGAACACCAGAUGGACAACACUAGCCCUUCCUCCCUCCCGGAGUCCCUGUAUCGUGCCUCUCCCGGUAGCACCUUACUGCUGGGUAUGAAGAGGUUGUCUGUGCUGCUGGUGGACUGCAGGAAAACAACGGGGCUGAGUGGAACUGUGAGAGGAGGAGAAGAGAAGAAAGGAUCAGAUUUGACUCAUCAAAGAUACGGCACGAGGCUAAUCUCCCGGAGGUCACUAAACUCAACGGAGAAAGAAGUUCUGGUGAAAGGAGACGAAGAAGCUUUCAGGAUGAUAAAGGAGGAAGAGGAGGCUAUUGCUUUGAAAGAAGAAGUGGAUGAUAUUACAGUGAAAGAGGAAGAUGGGAAAGAGGUCAGAGUGGAAAACGAGGAGGUAGAAGCUUUCAGAAUCAAAAAGGAGGAAGAUUCCAUAACAUUGAAAGAAGAGGAAGAACAUGUUGGAGUGAAAGAGGAAGAGGAGGCUAUCUCAAUUAAAGAGGAGGAGUCAGAAUAUCCAAUUACAAUCAGAGAGAGACAUGACUAUGGUGGAUCCUCUGGGGAGCCUCAACAACAUCCUGAUGCUGACGAGGCAGAGAAGAGUCUCUCCAGAUCAGAACACCAGAUGGACAAUGCUAUCUCACCCCCUUCCACCCUCCUGGAGUCACUUUGUCGUGCCUCUCCCGGUAGCACUUUACUGCUGGGUAUGAAGACGUUGUCUGUGUUGCUGGUGGACUGCAGGAAAACAACGGGGCUGAGUGGAACUGUGAGAGGAGGAGAAGAGAAGAAAGGAUCAGAUUUGACACAUCAAAAAGAGGAGGUCUGCUCUAUGGAGAAUGAAGCUCUGGCGAUGAACAUUGUCGUGAAAGAAGAAGAAGAAGAAGAAGAGGAUAUUACUGUGAAAGGAGAGGAAGAAUCUUUCAGAAUGAAAAAGGAGGAAGAGGAGGCUGUUAUAGUGAAAGAAGAGAAAGAACCGUUUAGAGAGGAAGAGGAUGCUAUCUCAAUAAAGUUCUACACUUGA